UAUGACCAUAAUCCCAACCGCCGCUCUGGUAUAUCUACUCGCGGCAAGCUUGGUUGUUCUUGGUCAAGACCUAGGUGUUCCUUCGUCUUGGAGGAAACCUAGCACAGAUCGCCCACUCAGUGAGCGUGUUGCGCUAUCUCAAAAGGCAAUAAACGCCAUCCUUCCCAAACACAACUCGGGGAACGGGGAAUUCAAUGGAAUCGGGUUCUGGCAGUCGGGGAACGUCUACUCGGCCAUGGUUAAUCACGAUCGAUUUGCGAAGAAGACGACCAACCGCGCUGUGGUUCUGAAUAACUUGAACAAGGUGUUUGGCCUAUACUCGAACUACGAUCGAUACGGUCCGCUAAUAUUGCCUAGGUACAACGAUGAUGCUCGGUGGUGGGCUACAUCGGCAGUGUACGCCUACAGGGUCUACGGAAACACAACAAUGCUCUCCCAUGCAGUUGCGACGUGGAACAGCGUGAAUCGAUGCGUCAUAACCCCUGCAAAUGCAGCAGCAGGCAAGCACCCCAGGAAGAAUUUUGCGAUCCGAAGCACGUGCGACGGAGAAACGAUGGCGGGUGGUGUGUUUUGGCGUCCAACGGCAGAUGACACGAACGUGAACUCGGUCACGACGGGCCUCUUCAUAAGCCUCUCUACCUACCUCUUCGGAGCCACCAAAGAUGAGAAGUACCGCACAGCCGCCAUCCGGAGCGCGCGCUGGAUGGAGGCGCUCAACAUCAAUGCGAAGAACAUCGUUCUCGACACUGUGCAUGCGAACGACUGCUCUCGAUCGCCUGCAAAUUGGAUAUUCACGUAUAAUAGCGGGAAAUAUGUCGAGGGAUUGAGCGUGUUGUCGGACAUCACCGGGGAUAGCCAUUGGCGUAAUCGAAUGGUUAAAAUUGUAGCUGCGUCUGUCAAAUCUGCUCCCUGGCAGGGUACGAAUGGAAUCAUAACAGAGGGAUCGAGUCGCAACAGCAAUAACGACGGAGUAGGGUUCAAAGCCAUCUUCAUUCGCGGUCUCGCCGAAGUAUACACGAGGAGCUCGUCGAACAAGGACCUCCGCACUCUGUUGCAUAGCUACAUCGACGUUCAGUUCAACGCCCUGCUCGAUCUAGCGGCCAACGGGAGCACCUACUCUUCUGCAUGGCGCGGUCCACCGCAGGCAUUCACGACCUGGGGUCAACUCGCGGCACUCGACGUGUUCGCGAGUGCAAUUGUUGCAAAUUA